AUGGCCUGGUUUAGUUCGAUCGUUAACGGUAUCGGCAGCGCGGCAAACUGGCUCUUGUCCAAUUCUGGCCUGGUGUCGAACGUUCUGGAAACCGUUGGCACCGUUGCCAAAGGUAACUUCCUUGGCACAGUAACCAAUGAGGGCUAUGUUAUAGUGGAAAAUACGGCGAACGCUGAAGAAGAUUGUGAUUGCAGUGGUGACUUGACCAAAUCAUUCAAAAACGCAACCAAAAAACUCGAACAAAAGGCACAAGAGGGAGAAAAGCUGAAAGUACCCCAGGGAGGCUCCCAGUCGAAUGCGACUCUAUCUGGGCUGUGGACAAACCCGGGUCUCACUCUCGAUGGCACUGCAACUCCUGAAAUGUAUAGAGACAUUGGAAAGUUCUUGGCGGAAAACGAUAUGCCUACGGAGCUGAAGACAAGCACGGGCGGAACAACCGAUGUGUCCCAGGAAAUAUGUAACGCGAUCUUCGCAAAUGUUCCUGUCGUCCCAAAGACGAGUGAUGUCGAAGGUGUUGCUAUCCAGAUGCCAUCUUUUAAUCUUGGGGAUGGCGAGUGCAAGAUUACCGGCACUCAUGCCUACUAUUCUAUUCCGUUGGGAAAGCGCAAUAAUGGACUAGCAUGCGACGAUCAAGCAUGGCAUGGGGCCGUUCAAGUUACAAAAACUAGCACCGAGGCAUUUGACAUCGCACAUGCAAAGAAAAGAAAAAAUCUCUUUUUUGUCGCUCAGGAGGAUGAAAUUGCUGAAACUGGACCUAGAUGGGUUGUUACUUGCCAGGUAGAUUGGAGAACAAUCCCACUCGCCGAAAAGGCCCAAGAGAAAUUAAAGGAGAAGUUUGAAAAGGACUACCGCGACUAUAAACUUCUGUACUCUGGAGUUGCUGGCCAGAACCAAACAAUCAAGAUCGGUGCGCCUAAUGAAGUUACGCCAGCUCGAGUGCGCGCUAUUCUCAGCCAGGUUGUCACCGAUGUCGCGAAGAGCGUGACACAAGACUCGAGCCAAAUCUUCAAUCGCGAUCAACUCCUUUCAGAAAACACGCUUUCUUCUCAAGUGCGGUCUGUUCUUAAUCUUGUUGUUUCCGAAACCGAGAGGAAAUUGGCUGGUGACGUUCAUGAAAUGAGAAAUGAAGCUAAUUUUAAACUUCAAACCCCGGAGGUUACCGUGACAAAUUCAACCUUAGUCACUUGA